AAGGGACCCUCGCGUCGCGCGCCAACCGCGUCACCCGGCUUCCCGGUUUCAGCGUGUCGCGCGUCCGGGGCCCGGAAGUGGAACGGAGAGCCGGACGGUCCUGCCGGGUGGAGAUCGAGCCACGAGGAGCAAGCGGGAAGCAAAGCGCAAGGAAAGGAAGAGCGAGGGAUUUGGGAAGAAGGAGGCCGAGGCGCCUUUGUCCUUUGCUCUGCCCUUUAAUGCAAAUUCCCAGCUGAGACUGCUGAGAAUUCAGUUCAAAUAGUUUUUUUCCAAGCAAGAUAUUGUAAAGAAACGGCAAGAUGAAUAGCAAACUGGAGUAUUUUAUAAAGUCAAUAAGAAGGCUACAGGCAUGUCACAAUGCAGCGAGAUCUUUUCCUAGAAAAGAAAUCAAAACAACUGCGUCUGGGAUUAGUGGUUAUAAAAAUUCUGCACAAAAUAUUCAAUCUCCAUUGUACGUUCCUUCUUGCUGGCUCCAUUCUUCAAUUUCAACUAGUUCUCAAAAUUCUUUUGUUUAUGAUGGGAGCAGUGAUGCAAAUGAGCAGAAAGUAACUAAUGAUCUUGACCACGAGCAGAAUUCCAAACCCAUUCAGUUGAACUCCUCAGAGGAACUUAGAAAUACCAUUGAAGAAGAAAGGGAUGAAUUUGACAUUUCCCAGAAAUUUUUCAGUGACCUUAAAAAAUGUGUAUCUCCUUGUGAUGUACUAGACUUUGCGGCAACAAGUCAAGUCUCUCCAAAGUAUCUCAGUAAUUCUUUUUCAACCAUGUGGAUGCUUAAAAAGAAAACGCUUAAGAGUCAGAAAUAUGACGAGACAAAGGUGAUGAUUGAACACCCUCAGUUUCGACGGCUCUGUCAGCAUGUGAUGGACGAAGCAAAGCACAUGGAUGGCAAUGAUUUGGCACACACUCUACUUUCUGUGGUAAAGUUAGGAGUUCCACAAAAUACCUUAUUAGUUCAGACAUUACUGAGGACUUGCCAGGAACGUAUCAAUGAAUUUAAUACGCGAUGUGUCUCGAUUAUUGCAAGCGCUUUGAAAGUCAUGGAAAAAUGCAAGAAUGUGGAAGCUCUUCAACUUGGACUACAGUUACUUUUACAAGACCAAGUCCACAAAAUAUCAGAUGUCUUUGUAUUACAAACCAUAAUGCGCAGUAUCGGGAAGGAUGUACCACUGACACUUAAGAAAAAUUUGGAGAACAAGAUGUUGAACCUGAUGAGUCACUUCACAGUUCCAAAUGCUUUUCAAAUGUUCAGGGUAUUGGGUGAAAUGGACUAUCUCUCUAUUCCGAUCCUGAAUGCUUGUAGUAAGACGAUAAUAGAAAACGUUGAAGGGACUCAAUUUCUCAACCUGCUGAAUGUUUUGAAAUUUGGCAAACAAUUAAGAUACCAAAAUAGGAUACUUUAUUCUACAUUAGCUGAUUAUGCCGCAUCAGUCUUCUAUACAUGGAACAGAAAUGAGGUAAUUCUGUUACUUUCAGCUUUUGAAAGGCUUGGUGUCCAUCCAGUUGAACUGAUGGAUAAAUUUCUUGAGGAAGUGAUGCUUCAUCCAGAAUCCUUGAACUUCAAAGAUGUUAUAAGUAUUCUGCAAGCCUACUCUAAUCUCAAUCACUUCUCCAGCGGCCAAAAUCAAGAGUUUCUUGACUCUCUGAAUAGUAUAUUGAAUAAACAUCUACAUGAGAUUGAUAAUAUGGAUUUACUAAGAGUUGUAUAUUCAUUCUGUCUUGUUGGAUAUCUUCCCCAACUUGCUCUUAAUCAAUUGCUUCAAGAGGAAAUUCUCAAUGAUGUAGUAAAAUCAGAAAAAAGUGUCGGUAUGUUGCCUGCAAUAAAGGUUUGUUUAGAACUUGAUGGAGUUUCUUCCACAACAUCAACAAUUUUACCAGAGAAAUUGUCGUCAUCACUAGAGAAAAUACUUGGUUUUCGUUAUCCUAAAAUACAGGAAGCCCUGCUUACACUUUUGGAAAAUGAAAAUUUGUUUCAAACAAAUGUACAGUUGACUCAAGGUUACUGCUUAGAUUUUGAAAUUUUAAUGGAUGCAAACCGAAAAAUAGCAUUGACAAGGACAGAAGCAGAUCAGCUGAAAGGGGACCCCAACCUCAAACGGAUAGCAGUUCUGUGCCCUCCUGCGAGCGCUUUCUCAAGUCCCUCACAACACCCGAAAGGCAGGUUGGCAAUGAAAAUAAGACAUUUAAAUCGACUGGGAUACCAAGUUAUAUUGGUUUCUUACAAGGAAUUCCAAAAACUGGAGAAAGACGAGGCCGUUUUCUUCUUCGAAAAACAAAAUAUUUUUGGCAGAAAACACUUAGCGUCUGAAUCAAGUACUCAAGAUGGCUGUAUUUAAAGCAUAUGUCUGAAAUGAGUUUCUGGGAGCAAGUCCAGUUGAGUUCAGUGAGAUUUGGGUUUUGAAUAUUAAAUGAUGGUAAUUGUGCUAUUUUUGUAAUUUUAAGAAAAAUAUCUGAAUAAGAUUCCUUAAUAACCCUGUCUCUCAAAUUCAUAUCUCUUCUGAAAUUGAAGAAGGAUAUAUGUAUGUGACUGCAAGUAUAUUUACCAUACCCUGUGGAUGCUGACUCUUGAGUAGGAAUAAAAAAUCUAUUGUUUUCAUUCUCAGUAAGAACUUGAUUGCAUAAUAAUUUAUUGGCUUGCAUACGAAUACAAGUAUUUUGUUCCUCCAGCUUCAUACUUAUUUAUCAGAUGCCAUUUUGAAAAUCCACUGUAAAGUAUAAUAAUAGCUUCAUACAUUUAUCAGAUGCCAUUUUGAAGAUCCACUGUAAUGUAUAAUAAUCAGGGAUAUUUGUGUUUUUAAAAUGUUUUAGAAGAAAUGAUUUGGACCUAUUGGAUUACAGUUUCUAACAUCCCCAACAAGCUGUCCAGAGAAGACAACCUAGGCUCUAUUAAAGCUGAAUCUAAUAUUUUAUGCCAGUGCAUUCGUUGUCCUAAAGAUGGCAGUAUUUGUCUGGUCAUAACUUACAUUUAGGAAGAGGUAUUAGGUAUUUGGUAUUAUUUUUGAUUUAGCUGUACAGAACUUUUGCUCCCACUGAGAAAAAUGCUAGAUAACAUCCCUCUCCUCAUUUUUGCCUUAAUAGAACUAAAUUACUCAAAAAUGUGUUCGUUGAGAAAAAUUCAGAUAUCUUCAUUUUUCUGAGUUACGGCUGACCAA